AUGUUUGGGAAAGCAGACAAGAAGGAGUUUGCGAACUCGAUUACUCAAAAAGAAAGAGAAGUUGACAAAUUUCAUCCUAAUGUAAGUCCCGAGAGAAGUGAAUAUAACAUCAAUAGGCAAAAAAAUAUCUUUGUUUUGCCAAGGCGGAGCAGUUCAAAUUGGCAAGUGCAGUGCUCGAAGGACGAUAAAAAUUUGCGCUUAGGCCGUUUAUAAACUGCUAAAAAUUUUAGGUCCCACUUUCCAGGGACAUGGAAUAUCUCCAAUGAUCUUUGCUGACGAGAGAGUACGCGAAAUUCGGGGAGCGCACAGAGAAAAAAAACAAAAUGUUAGUGUCCUAUCCUUGACGAUCGGUUUUUGCCAACUUUAAAGCUAAGAAUCUUGGCCGUUUAGAUACAGUGGUGGACCUGAUCCAGUGGCAAAAAAACGUACCAUUUUACAUCCGGAAACUAUCAAAAAUGUAGCAAAAUAUUAUACCUCAAUCUCCAACUAAGAAACUCCGUUUUGAAGGGCGCGCUCUUUCCCUCACAAAAAGAGAGGUCGAACUUUUUGAAAUCGGAGUUUUUCACUUGGAGAAGGAGGUAUUUUGCUAUAUUUUUGAUAUUUUCCGGGUGCAAAAUGAUUGCUUUUUUGCCACUGAAUCAGGUCCGCAAACUAUACUAGCGCUUUCCUUUGCAGGACCGGCUUUGUCAGCAAAAGUUUAGCGGAAUCAUAAAAGUGGCUGAAUGCAUUAGCUCUAAAUUAAAGUUGUGUAAAAAAUUACACCAAUCCUUCCAGGACUUACUGAUUCUUCAUGGUUCUUUCAACGAUAACUCUAUUUUAAUUUCCUUGUCAAUUCAAGAGAACUAUGUUCAAGUCAACUUGAUACUACAACUAAAUGGAGCUUUUUACAAGCACACCGGGAUCUCAGCCUAUAAUCCAGCAGCUUCAUCUACCGAAAUAACAAUUGAUGGAUUCAGAAUUGAGCUCAGAGAAGCCUUCAGAAGGCUGAGGAUUACAUUUCGAGGGUGUUUAGCGUAAGAGCGUCUGACUUAUGAGGUUAGAAGUUUGAAAUUAAAAUUGCAGUCCUGAAGGCUCUAAUGAUCCGCAUUUUGUUCAUCUACAAUCAAAUUGGGCGCCAGUUAGCGAUGGAAUUUUCGUUUUCCAUGAUAUGCCGAGUAAAGUGAAAGCUCAAUUAAUGGCGGAGAAAGUUUGGAGCAAAAAAGUGUGAGUGUAAAGUACAACACAUUAGUAUGGCUUCUUCCCAUACUGAUGUGUCUCCAGUAAUAGGAAAAUACUCUUUAAAUGGAAAGAUAUGCCUUAAAUCGUCUAUAGAGACUCUAUGACUCUCCUUUUGACCUUUUAACCAUGAUAUUUUCAUGCUUCAGUGAGAUGAAUCCAAGUUUUUAUCAAUUUGGCGCUCUUCGAUUGCGUUGGAAAAUUGACGAUGACCCUUGGCAUGAAGGCGAUUUUAGAGGUUGUAGGAUAAAGUUUUCGGAUAUUCAUCAUGAUUACUAUCUCGUGAAGAGCCUUACAUCUUCUUUUACAUUCGUAAGGUCGCUGUUUUUAAUCAGAAGAUGUUUUUUGUGUUGAAAAUAAUGGUCAUUACGAGUUUAAAAUCAAAAUUUUCAGAAUGGAGAGCGCUCUAUGUUUUUUGAAAUUCAUACUAAUGGCCUCAAUGUUGGAUACGGCAAAGUCUUAAAUUCCGAUCACACCGAAAAAGAUAUUUUUCUGAAUCCACGAGAACUCGUUGGUACUGUGCCAGUACCUCUCAAAUUUAAUUCUGGAGUUAAUUUGAAUGCUGAAAUUGGAAAAUUGCGUGACAUCAACGGGAAUGGAAUCAAAAUUUCUUUUGAGAAUAGCAAAAAGAUUACAUUUUCUCCGAGGAAAAAGUUAGGUAAGGUAAAAUACGAGGUCUACAAAUCCUUAUUAUGUAUUUGAUAAUUCUAGAAUAUACAGCGUCUGCAGUUGAAAACAGUCUAAAUGUCGUUUCAUUCUUCAAUUUUUGUUGUUUGGACUCUAAUGUUUCUGGUGGAAAAGCUUCGAAUUUGGCCAGGUUAUGUGGGAUACAAAAGGAUUUCAAAGUGCCGAAAGGAGUGGCGGUUACUGUGGCUGCUUAUGGAAGUCAUCUCAACAAAAAUGAGGAGAUAUUGGAGUUUGUAAAUGGCUUGACAAGUAGUAGUUUGAAGACUGAAGAAAUUGAGGAAAGGUAAGAAAAAAUGAAAAACAGCACAUAAAAAGUCAUAAAAUUUCAGGGCAAACCAGUUAUUUUUGUCAUCAAAAAUAUCUGUUGAUACUAAUGCUUCGCUAAAAUCAUCUUUGGAACAUGUAUUCGGCAACAAUCUCUCUGAUCUCAAAUUUGCUGUAAGAUCGUCAGCAGUUGGAGAAGAUGGCGCAGAAAUGUCGUCGGCCGGCCAAUUGGAAUCCUAUCUCAAUUUAAGAAUAGAUGAAGUCAGCGAAGCCGUGUUAAAAUGUUGGGCAUCUAAUUUUAGGAAAGAGGUUGUGGCUUAUCGACGGUAAGGGGUUUGUAUUUAGUGCUGUUUUUUUCUAUAGUUGAAUAUCUCGGCCUCGCUUGUAAAGAUAUAGCAAAUUUUUCUCGAAUUGAUAUGCGAUUUAUGCACACACAUGUGCCAAAUAUCAAGAAAAUCCGUCCGGUUGAUUCUACCGCAAAAUUUUAAGCCCUUCCUUUCCAAGACUUGCCCACAUCUUUCAUGACAGCUUUUUCUACCAAAAUUCACAUCUUUUUCAGAGAGCAUGGCCUUGACUUGAACGUCCCAGUCGCUGUCGUUGUCCAAGAAAUGGUGACUGAUGGAAUUUCCGGCGUUAUGUUUACCGUUGAUCCCGUUUCACUGAAUCCGAAUCAAAUUGUGAUCAAUAUGAUUGAAGGCUGUGGAGAGGACUUAGUUAGUGGCCAUAAAACACCGACGCAGAUCAUGGUUAGCAAAUCAACUGGGGAAAUUGUGAAGCAGGUACCGUAAAUCAUAAAUCCGGAUUUAUUUUUUCAAUUCACCACAUUUCAGAUUGGCCAUGUAAUUUUGACAUCAGAAAUCAUCAAAAACUUGGCAGAUGUCAGUAAAUACUUGGAAACUCAUUUCGAUCACCCUCAAGACAUUGAAUUUGUAAUCAAAAAUGCAGUGAUUUACAUUGUCCAAAGCCGAAAUAUCACAAAUCUUCAUAAUGAGUCCGAUUGGGAGUUGCUUCAUGAAUUUGACAGUGCUCUUUUGACUGACUACCAAAUUGGAUGUACCGCCAACGUAGGGGAAGUUAUGACUUUGCCUUUUUCACCGAUGGAUUCGUCAACAAUCAUGUUCUCGUAUACUUAUUCGAUCACAGUAAGUAAUCACAACACGUAAGCGCAAGAAAGUAAUUUAGAGUAUGAUCCACCAUUUGAACGCGAUUGGUCGGACAGUUCCAAAACACCCGCAUAGUGUCAUGUUUCUGUAUAAAAACAAGGUCUUUCUGGAUGCAAUGGAAGUAAGAUAAUAACACAAUUUUUCCCCACAAAAAAAAUUAAGAGAGUGUAAUAUUGAUUAUAGUGCUAUCUUCGUGACUGGGACAACGUCUCCAAGGACGCAGUAUCUCAAAUUAAUCUGGCUGGGACACGGUUUAUAACGGAGGAAAUGGUUGAGCUGGCAAAAACACGGUUCCCGGAGAAACCGGGGAUCGAGAGGCUCAAGGCGUUGUAUCGUAUUUAUAAGGUAAUGCGUGAUAAGACAAGCGUUUUUUACUUACAGUACAGCUAACCAUACUUAUCCAUACGUAUUAUAAAAGCUUAUAUGGAAGUUUUAGAUGAUCACCAAGGAAUCCAAAGAAUUUCUGGAGAAAAUGAGGGAUACAUUGGCUGAAAUGAAGUUAUCCGUUCAUGGGAACGACCUCAGCUCUUGGGUGGAAACGUUGAACGUGCUAGCAGACUAUCUGACAAAGGUACUAUUUUUUGAGCAUCUACUAUACAGUAUUUAUUUCAGCUCAUUCAUUUUCACGCCUUCGAAUCCGCAUUUUCGAAUGUGGCCUAUGUUUUUGUGGCUAUGUUACUCAGAGGGACCUCUGGUAAGUAAUUUGUAAAAAUGAUGGAUCAAUUCCUUUUAAUCUUGACAUCUCCAGAGUUUACAAUGACUCUGUAGAACAAUUUUGCAUACAACAAAACCUGUCUAUAACAAACAAUUUCAAAGGUCACAAGAGCCAAUUUUAUGCGAGACUUUUCUACAGGGUCUUACAAAAAACGGGAAAGAAAGUCCCUUUUUUUUGUAAGACCCUGUAGAAAAGUUAGAGGCUAUAACUUUCGGCGGAGGAGGAGCAGGGACCUUGUUUUUGGAACAUGUAUUUCUAAGCGACAUUAAUUUUUGCCUAUGAAACAACAAGAUUUUAAAAUCCAAACUGAAGCCGCUGCGACGUUUUGAAGUAGGACCAUUGUUACAUAGAAAAACCAGUGUGGAUGACGUCAAAAUUAAAAAAAGAAACUAAAAUUACAGAUGGAGAUCUUCCUUCCGAAAUUCUCACUGCAAUUGCUUCGGUCUACAGCAACAACCCUUAUUCGAUAAUCAGUGGUGACAUUCCGAUCUCACUAAAGGUAGCCGCAAAUCGGUCAAUUAUAUAUUAAAAAUCAUUGUUUCAGAGCAUCGCAUUAACUUUGAAGAGUGAUAACGACGCUCUGAAAAUUCUAAAUAGCGAUUUGUCAGGCGAUGAAAAGGUGGAAAAACUAAAGAAACUGAAGUCAGAGGUUGGAAUAAAAGUUAGAGAAUUCUUUCAAAAACACGGGCAUCGUGGGCAUCAUGAACUGCUACUGUUAGGAGUGACCUAUAACGAGGAUGCGGAUGGCUUUAUUCAGACAUUAAAAGUAGGAAAUAAAGGUUCUGUAAUACGAUUUAGACAUUACUUUCUGAUCCAAAACUCUCUCCUAGUCCAACAAAGCCCAUUAUCACUGAUAUCGGUGAACUAAUCGACUCUUUGAACUUAAAUAUUACUGGUAUUCGUCGCCAAUUCCUCAAAUAUCUGAUUCCAAAUGCAUUCCGAGCAGUUUUUUAUCGAGAAGAAGCGAAGAAUUGGCUGGUUGAUGGGACAAAUGUUCUUCGAAUGGCACUAAAAAAUGUUGGGAAAUUGCUGGUCAAACAAGUAAGAAUUUGAAAAAAAAAUUAAAAUUGAAUUCAAUAAAAUUGUUACAGUAAAAAAUUGUUUAGAGAUACAUUCCCGACGAAAAAUUGGUAUUCUUUUUGACACUAACGGAGAUUCGACAACUAGUAGAUGGAAAAGAUCACAUAUCCAGCACGUUAAGUUUACGAGCAAGGAGAAGAUUACGGGUCUAUAAUCAGCUGGAUGACUUGCAGUAUCCACUGGUCUUUAUCGGAACUCCAAACCCGAAGGUGAGAAAUUUUUUUAUUAUCUACAGUGACGGACCUGAUCCACUGGCAAAAAACGUACCAAUUUGCAUCCGGGAAGUAUCAAAAAAUGUGGCAAAAUGCCUCCCUUUCCAAGUGAAGAAGCUCCGUUUUGAAGGGCGCGCCCUUUCCCUCACAAAUCUCUUUUUUGAAGUCGGAGUUUUUGCACUUGGAGAGGGAGGUAUUUUGCUACAUUUUUGAUACUUCCCGGAUGCAAACUAGCACGGUUUUGCCACUGGAUCAGGUCCGCCACUGUGGUGGGUCGCAUAUUUUUAGGAGACCUUCAUUCCCCACGACAAUCAACAACUUGUUCUCCGAGGAACCGCGGUUUGCGAAGGCAAGGUGAAAGGACGGGCGAGAGUGGCCAAGACCUUCGCUGAAGCCCAGAACAUUUCCUCCGAUGAGAUUUUAAUCACCGUCUGCACUGAUAUCGCAUGGUCCCCAUUGUUUCCAGUAAUCAAGGGGCUUGUUACAGAGAUUGGAGGGCUUUUGUCUCAUGGUAAGGGUAAAAUACGAAAUAUAGAUUUGUCAUAUUAUAGGUGCCGUAGUCGCUCGAGAAUACGGGCUGCCCUGUGUUAUCGCCGUUGAAGGAGCUACGGACAACUUUAAAACUGGUAAGUAAUCUUUUGGGCCGACAAGGGAAUUUCUCGAAUUCUCACAGUGAAGCGCCCAGAUGUUUUGUAAACUCAUACAUUAUACCAUUAUAUCUCGACCACCUACCAAAGUCUAUGAAUUUAGCUCAUGGUUUGCAAAGGCGGUCUUUGAAAUGAAAGUUUUUGGCGACGAGAAAAUAUGACCAAAGUAGGGCGGUUAGAAAAAAAAUAUGUCGUGUUUUGAUUUUUUGACCGUCUAUAUUUGUCAUUUUCACAUGAAAAUUUGACCUUUUGUCGAUGUAUUAGUCGUCUCGAUUACCAAGGUUUCAAGACGAAAUAAUCAAUUUUUUAAUUUCAAAGUUCAAAUUUUUUUUCUAUUAUAGAAGGAGAUUUGUCCGUAUUUUACAAACUUUUAACACACUCAAAAUGGGGCCUUGCCACAAAAGGAAAAUCUGAGGCUCACAUUUCGAGCAUCUCCCUUUUUAAUCUACCUAUAUACCAUCAAUUUUUAUCCCCAAUUUUCAGGCGAUCACGUGCUGCUUGACGCCUUCGCCGGCACCAUCCAACGGGUUCCGGGCACUUCAAACGGAUUGACCCCGCCGUAA